ACCGGCCACAGCUGCAGCGGGCCCGGGGCGUGCGGCCUGGAUUUUUUCCUGACAUCUUGAACAUGAGCCCCACACAGUGGGACUUCCCUGUGGAAUUAUGUUGCCGGCCAAUGGCUUUUGUUACCCUUACGGGCCUGGAUGUAGUUUAUAAUGCUGUCCAUCGAGCUGUCUGGGAUGCUUUCUGUGCCAAUCGGAGGGCUGAUCGGGUACCGAUUUCUUUCAAGGUGCUCCCAGGUGACCAUGAGUAUCCCAAAUGUAGACCUAAGAGAACUUCCUACGAAUGGUACAUUCCUAAGGGGAUCCUAAAGACCGGCUGGAUGAACAAACACCUGAACCUGGUGCCAGCCCUGGUGGUUGUGUUCUACGAGCUGGACUGGGAUGAACCCCAGUGGAAAGAAAAGCAGUCCGAGUGUGCCACCAGAGUGGAGAUUGUCAGGCAGAGUUUACAAGGGAGAAACACAAAAGUUGCAGUGGUUCUGAUUCAGAAGAAAACUCCUUUGCCCCCAGGAGAAGAUGUCACUGCGUCAGAAAGAGCUGCAGCUUUAUGUAACGCGUGUGAACUCUCGGGGAAAUCUCUGUUUGUCCUACCCCACACUGAUCACUUGGUGGGUUACAUUAUAAGAUUAGAAAAUGCCUUUUAUGAACAUGCACAGACUUAUUACUACACUGAGAUCAGAAGAGUGAAAUCUCAUAAGGAAUUUUUGAAUAAAACAACACACCAGCUUUUAUUUGUCAGACAUCAAUUUAAAAUAGCUUUCUUCAGUGAAUUGAAACAGGAUACACAAAAUGCUCUGAAGAAUUACAGGACCGCCUAUAACCUUGUACAUGAGUUGCGAGCCCAUGAAACUAACAUUCUGGAAAUAAAGACUAUGGCAGGAUUUAUAAACUACAAGAUCUGCAGGCUGUGUUUUCAGCACAACACCCCAUUGGAUGCUAUCGCUCAGUUCCGAAAACACAUUGACUUGUGUAAGAAAAAAAUUGGAAGUGCAGAGUUGUCUUUUGAGCAUGCUGCGUGGAUGUCUAAACAAUUCCAGGCCUUUGGAGACUUAUUUGAUGAAGCUAUUAAGUUAGGGCUGACAGCUAUUCAAACUCAGAAUCCUGGCUUCUAUUACCAGCAGGCAGCGUACUACGCCCAGGAGAGGAAACAGCUCUCAAAAACCCUCUGUAACCAUGAGGCUUCAGUAAUGUAUCCCAAUCCUGAUCCAUUAGAAACACAAACAGGCGUUCUUGACUUUUAUGGACAAAGAUCAUGGCGACAAGGAAUACUAAGUUUUGAUCUUUCUGAUCCUGAAAAAGAGAAGGUGGGAAUUCUUGCCAUUCAGCUGAAGGAGAGAAGUGUUGUUCACUCUGAAAUAAUAAUAACUCUUCUGAGCAAUGCUGUUGCACAAUUUAAGAAGUAUAAGUGUCCAAGAAUGAAAAGUCAUCUAAUGGUUCAAAUGGGAGAGGAGUAUUUUUAUGCGAAGGAUUAUACCAAAGCUUUGAAGUUGCUGGAUUACGUGAUGUGUGAUUACCGGAGUGAAGGGUGGUGGACCUUGCUCACGUCCAUACUGACUACAGCUCUGAAGUGCUCCUACCUCAUGGCCCAAUUAAAAGAUUACAUAACUUACUCCCUAGAACUCCUUGGAAGAGCUUCAACUCUGAAAGACGACCAGAAAUCUCGGAUCGAAAAGAACCUCAUAAAUGUUCUGAUGAAUGAGAGUCCCGAUCCAGAACCCGACUGUGAUGUCUUAGCUGUGAAAACAGCUCAGAAGCUGUGGUCGGACCGCAUCUCCCUGGCUGGUAGCAAUGUCUUCACAAUAGGGGUGCAGGACUUCGUGCCGUUCGUACAAUGCAAAGCCAAGUUUCACGCCCCGAGUUUUCAUGUUGAUGUUCCUGUGCGGUUUGAUAUCUAUCUGAAGGCUGACUGUCCACAUCCCAUUCGAUUUUCCAGGCUCUGUGUCAGCUUUAAUAAUCAGGAGUAUAACCAGUUCUGUGUAAUUGAAGAAGCAACCAAAGCAAGUGAAGUUUUAGAAAAUUUGACUCAGGGAAAGAUGUGUCUAGUUCCUGGUAAAACAAGGAAAUUUUUAUUUAAAUUUGUUGCAAAAACUGAAGACGUGGGGAAGAAAAUUGAGAUUACUUCGGUAGAUCUGGUUCUGGGCCACGAGACGGGAAGAUGUGUGGUUUUAAAUUGGCAAGGAGGAGGAGGGGACGCUGCUUCCUCCCAAGAAGCCUUGCAGGCCUCGCGUUCUUUCAAAAGACGGCCUAAGCUCCCCGACAGUGAGCUUCACUGGGACAGCAUCGUCAUUCAGGCAAGCACAAUGAUCAUCUCCAGAGUUCCAAACAUUUCCGUGCGUCUGCGACAUGACCCUCCCGCCCUGACUAAUGAAAUGUAUUGUUUGGUUGUGAAUGUGGAGUCCCACGAGAAGACCCAGAUCAGAGACGUGAAGCUCACCGCUGGUUUAAAACCCGGACAGGAUGCCAACUUAACUCAGAAAACGCACGUGUCUCUUCAUGGAACAGAACUAUGUGACGAGUCCUACCCGGCUUUACUCACCGACAUUCCUGUGGGAGACUUAAAUCCGGGGGAACAGCUGGAAAAAAUGUUAUACGUUCGCUGUGGAACAGUAGGUUCAAGAAUGUUUCUCGUGUAUGUUUCUUACCUGAUCAAUACAACUAUUGAAGACAAAGAAAUUGUCUGCAAGUGUCACAAGGAUGAAACCGUAACUAUAGAAACUGUCUUUCCAUUCGAUGUCGCAGUUAAAUUUGUGUCUACAAAGUUUGAGCACCUGGAAAGGGUCUAUGCAGACAUCCCCUUUCUGCUGAUGACCGACCUUUUAAGUGCCUCACCUUGGGCCCUCACCAUCGUAUCCAGUGAGCUCCAGCUUGCUCCUUCCAUGACCGCAGUGGAUCAGCUAGAGUCCCAAGUGGACAAAGUUGUUUUACAGACUGGAGAGAGUGCUAGUGAAUGCUUUUGUCUUCGGUGCCCUUCUGUUGGAAAUGUUGAAGGUGGAGUAGCAACUGGGCAUUAUAUUAUCUCCUGGAAGAGGACGUCAGCCGUGGGAAAUGUCCCUGUCAUCAGUACUGUCAUCACUCUGCCACAUGUGAUCGUAGAAAACAUUCCUCUCCACGUGAACGCAGAUCUGCCAUCAUUUGGGCGUGUCAGAGAAUCCUUACCUGUCAAAUAUCACCUACAGAAUAAGACUAACUUAGUUCAAGAUGUGGAGAUUUCUGUGGAGCCCAGUGAUGCCUUCAUGUUCUCAGGUCUUAAACAGAUUCGAUUACGGAUCCUCCCCGGCACCGAACAGGAAAUGUUAUAUAAUUUCUACCCUCUGAUGGCCGGGUACCAGCAGCUGCCGUCUCUCCACGUCAACCUGCUAAGGUUUCCUCACUUCACCAAUCAGCUGCUCAGGCGUUUCAUACCUACCAGUAUUUUUGUAAAGGUAAGACCGAGGCGUGGUCUGCUCUUGAGGCCUCCCAGCUUGCAGGCAGAUCAGGUGUCUCUUUCUCGUAAGGUUCCCCAGACGGCAUUUGGAGACUGAAAGCUUUGGUUGCCAUGACGUCAGUUUGGCGGUAUCGCUGGUCGUGUCCGUACGGUUGCUGCUGUUUCACAGAAUCGAAUUCCAAAGUUUUUUAUUCCCUUGGGUGGAUAACGAUUUACCCUCGCAGGAUGCUGAGACGGGUUUUCCCUUCGGCUUAGUAAAGGAUGGUUUUAUCCUGUAGUUAGUUGGGAACUAGUUUUCCAUCAAAAUGGAUCAACUUCCUAAAUGUGAUCUUGAACGUUCCUCCUUCUCUGUGCGAUACCGCCUGGGGCCUUCUCUGCAAAGGAUCCCGCGUCGGAAACUGCGCGGCUUGAAUGUUCUGCUAUUUCACACGGGGACCAUUUCCAGGUUCCUGAGGUACAGGGAUGUGUGGGAUGGUGGGAGUCGGUGUGGGAGAGGGUGGCCCGGGCGGCGCAGGUGGCUCACCCAGCAGCGCGCUCACCUCCGCCGAGGCCAUUCUCACCACUGGGAAGUAGGGCUCCCCUCCCGGGAGCUGCGGGUUCCUCAGUGCCUCGGGCACACGUGGGUGUAGAGACGUCCUGUGUGCAGACGACCGGUGUGCCACCUUCUCUUUUAACUCCAUACUCGCUUUCGGAAUGACGUGUCACAAGGCUCACACUUGCCUCUUUGGUGUCUGUCUCAUUCCAGUUUGAAGGAACUGUCCCUUCUUUACAUAAUCUGGAAUGGGGUACCUGAUAAAGGUUCCAGAUAAGGUUCCAGAAAAAUAAACAUUUGUAAGUCUUAGCAUAACUGGCCCUCCUUUUUCUAACUGCCGUGCUCUUUUUUCUAAAUACAAGUACUGCCUUCUAGUAACUUGACUGCUGCCGAAAAGGUAGGCUGGGAUCCUCAGAGCCGGCGGAAAUCUGAGGGGCAGUAGUUUCGCCUGUCAUGCUGAGGACAGUGAUUGAGGCUUACUGUCUUCCCUCGUAGUGAACAGUCCUACUGACUCAAGUUGUCCAUCCCUUCACACCCUCACUGAACUCUAGAGCUGCGCUAUUCUAGUAUGAUGGGCCCU